UCGGAAAAAAAGUUAUCCAGAAGUGAGUAUCAAUCAGAGAGCGGGGAGAAGGACAAAAAGAGAAGAAGGAAGAGGCAGAAAAGCAGGACGGAGAGACAAAAGCGACAGAUAACAUUACUUUCGAGCAAUCAAACGCGCCGUAGAGAUGGCAUAUCAUAUCGUUAGAGGUUUGAAACAUAAUUUAUAGUCAUAGUUUUUGGAUUACUUUCGUCAUUGUCGACUCUUUGCACUGUUGUAAACAUUGACGUGCGCAUUUUCCUUGUGCUCACUGCUUGGACGGAGUUUUUGUUUUCCCUCUUGUGGAUUUGCCUUGGGAGAAAUGAGUGACAGGAGGCGAUCUGCCGCUGCUCUGAGCUCGAGAGCGCACGCCUUUUCGGUGGAAGCCCUGAUCGGGUCAAACAAGAAGAGAAAGCUCCGCGCCUGGGAGGAAAAGGAGCUGGAGUUGUCUAUGGAGAGCCUCGCCACCAACGGACAAUUAGGAGACGGCGACGACCCUGCACAUUGUCUAGAUAUCGACCCCGAUUCGGAGGCGAGCCCCGGAUCAGACGGUGAGGGUUUGGCGGAGAGGACGUCGUGCUCCUUCGGCUCCCCCGCGGACCUGGCCCCGGCGGCCUGCGAGCCGUCUCCCGCUGCCUCCAUGGAGGAUAUUCAGGUGGAGCUGCAGUGCGCAGACCUCUGGAAGCGCUUCCAUGAAAUUGGCACGGAGAUGAUCAUCACUAAAGCGGGGAGGCGGAUGUUCCCUGCAAUGAGAGUAAAGAUUGUGGGUCUGGACCCCCAUCAGCAGUAUUACAUAGCCAUGGACAUUGUUCCUGUGGACAAUAAGAGAUACAGGUAUGUGUACCACAGCUCCAAGUGGAUGGUGGCGGGGAACGCGGACUCCCCCGUGCCCCCGCGGGUCUACAUCCACCCAGACUCCCUGGCUUCUGGAGACACCUGGAUGAGGCAGGUGGUCAGCUUCGACAAACUCAAACUCACCAACAAUGAGCUGGACGACCAGGGCCAUGUGAGUGAGCCGAUCAUCCUUCACUCCAUGCAUAAGUACCAGCCUCGUGUCCAUGUGAUCAGAAAGGACUUCAGCAGUGACCUGUCCCCCACAAAGCCUGUUCCCAGCGGAGAGGGAGUGAAGACCUUCAGUUUCCCUGAGACUGUCUUCACCACUGUCACCGCCUACCAGAACCAACAGAUAACAAGACUAAAGAUCGACCGCAACCCAUUUGCUAAAGGAUUUCGGGAUUCAGGCAGAAACAGGACUGGUCUGGAGGCGAUCAUGGAGACCUAUGCGUUCUGGAGACCGCCUGUGAGGACACUCACGUUUGAGGACUUCACCAACAUGCAGAAACAGCAAGGAGGAAGCACGGGCACCUCUCCCACCACCUCCAGCACAGGAACCCCCUCCCCUUCUGGUGCAGCCCACCUCCUGUCCCCCUCCUGCUCACCGCCUACCUUCCACCUGGCCCCCAACACCUUCAAUGUGGGCUGCAGGGAGAGCCAGUUGUGCAGCAUGGGGUUGUCUGAGUACCCGGCCUGCGCCCGCAGCAACAUGGCGGCCCUACAGGGCUAUGGGGGCCUGGCUGAAAGCUCCUACGGACGCCUCCAGGCAGCAGGGGGCACUGUGGCCUCCACCCAGCAGUCUGAAUCCUUCCUGCCCCAGAGGACUUCCUCCCUGAUUGCUGCGGGAAUGCAGGGGGGCGGCCAUGGCUCUCUGUCCAGUGGCAGCAGUGGAAGUGCUGGCGGAAAGAUGGAUGCCUAUGGAGGUCAGUUGACCUCGUUCCCGGCCUCCCAGCUGCAGUAUGUGAUGCAGGCGGGCUCUAGCUCAGCUUCUGGCUCUUCCUCCUCUGGCUCCUCCCCCUCAUCCGCCCACAUGUUCAGCGGGGGCCACCACCAUGUGCAACAGGGGUCCUACAAUGCCUUCUCACUCCACAACCCCUACAACCUGUAUGGAUACAACUUCCCCACCUCCCCGCGUCUGGCUACCAGCCCCGAGAAGCCCCAGGGCGGCCUCCUGUGUUCCUCUUCCCCUGCCGGGGCAUUUGCCGAGCGCCAGUACCUGUCCAACGGUGGCAUGGACAGCAUGCACAUGAUCGGCAAUCCCUCCACUGGCCAGCAGGGGGCAGGCUCCUGUGAUGGCCGGCAGUAUGGCUCCUCCUCUCAAAUGUCUAUGCACAUCGUGUAAAAACUAGGAUCUCACUUCUGACCCAUUUUCGCUGUCCCAUUAUUUCAACAAGUUAUGUUUCUUCUACGAUAAAUCUGUUAUCUCAGA